AAAAUAGUGUUCCUCUGUGGCGAAUCUCUCUUGCCAGUAGUGGCAUUAUCCAUAAUCUUCAUAGUAGGGAUUGCUUUGCAGAUGUAUACGGAUUACAGAGGAUUUCAUGGGUUCUUAAUUAUCAAAGUUUGCUCUCAAAUUAGUCCUGGAAUAUAUCUUCACGCAUUGAUGGAUUCUCUAGUUUCUCGUGAACGUGUUCAAAACAUCCUACAAGCUGAACCUAUUCGUAAUCUCGCCGAAUUAACACCAUCACAAGAAAAAGCAUUAGAAACUCCCAUACCCGUAUUACAUUCCAAUCAAAAUCAUUUAGAUUCAAAAUUCUCACAACCAUCUUCUUUCCCAAAACCAGAAUUACGUUGGGUAUUAGGUAUAAAUGAUCAUUCCCAUUCACAUUCCCCUCCACCUUCAUCUUCAUCUUCUUCAUCUCCAGUAGGAACACUCAUGAAUCCACCUCCUACCUCCAAUAACCUCGACAAACCAACAAACAAAGAUGUUAAUUCUAUCAUUGAUCAAAAUCAUCUUCCAAAUGUCGAUAUCCCAUGGGCUGGAACAUACAAAGAAGAUGAUUUACAAUGUUUGAAUUUUGAAAAUAUCAAAGGAGAGAGAGAAAGAGAUACAUUUCCAACUAGUUCAACAGAGAUAAGAAGGUCAAGUACAGGGUUAGAAUUACGUCGUGUGAGUCAAAUAUAUAAAUGUAAAGGAAAAGAUUUAGAAAAAGGUAUUGGUAUUGGGAAAGAAGAAGGGACAAUUGAAUCAGGUAUGGUGGGUUUAGAAGAUUGGGAUAGAUCAAGGAGGAGUAGUUAUUUAUACGCUUUGAAUGAUGCUUUAGCAAGAGGACCUUUACCUGGUUUUCCUUGAUAUUCCUUGAGUUUCAUUAUUGUCAUUUCCCUUUUUUCUCCCAUCUUUAUCAUACAUUGACUCAUCUUGGUUGGAAUCAGGAUGGAUGUAUAAGAAAGGAGAAGUCAAAAGUUGUACUUUUUUUUCGUGUUGUACCAAAAUGCAUGGCAAAGUUUACCUCU